AAGAUGAGUAAGAACGCUCCGUGAUUAAUCACGCAUUUUAUCCGCAUCAAAGCAAAACGAGUGUAAAUUUUUCUCGGAAGAGCCGAUUCAAGUAACGAUGAUUGCCGGAACAUAUUAUUUACCAUGAGUUCGCGAUUAACAACGUUUCAUCCAUCAACGUGACGUAGAUUGAAGCCGACAAACACAUAUACGACAUGCAUGCAAAUAUGACGGUUACAAUUCAUUCAAAAGGAUCAAAACACGUGAGUGCUAUAAAGGAGCAGCCGUCGGUGGAUAACUGAGAGGAUGAGAAGGUCCAGGGGCACUAAUGGAACAACUUUAAGAUCAACGCCUUACAAAAUUACAACUCUACUGUUGCGCAUCAUAUGUCGAGUUUCUUCGGUUUUGGCCAAUCCGCCGAUAUAGAGAUUACGUUGGACGGCGCUGAAACGCGGAAGACCGCGGACAUCAAAUCCGAGGAUGGCAAGAAGGAACGACACUUGCUGUAUUACGACGGAGAAACCGUGUCCGGCAAGAUUAACAUCAGUUUAAGGAAAGCUGGUAAAUUAGAGCAUCAUGGUGUUAAGGUAGAAUUUAUUGGACAAAUUGAGCUAUAUUAUGACAGAGGUAAUCAUCAUGAGUUCACAAGCCUGGUGAAAGAAUUAGCAAGGCCGGGAGAGUUGACACAUAAUACAGUAUAUACAUUCGAGUUUCCAAAUGUGGAGAAACCGUUUGAGAGUUACACUGGUUCCAAUGUGCGACUAAGAUAUUUCUUAAAAGUGACAAUUGUAAGAAGACUUAGUGACAUUGUUAAAGAACUGGAAUUAGUUGUACACACUCUUAGUUCCUAUCCAGAUAUGAAUAAUCCCAUUAAAAUGGAAGUUGGAAUUGAAGACUGUUUGCAUAUCGAAUUUGAAUACAAUAAAAGCAAAUAUCAUUUGAAAGAUGUAAUUGUUGGAAAAAUAUACUUUCUUUUGGUUAGAAUAAAAAUAAAACACAUGGAGAUAGCAAUCAUCAAACGAGAAACUACUGGUUCUGGCCCUCAUACAUUCACCGAAAAUGAAACUAUAGCAAAGUAUGAAAUCAUGGAUGGUGCGCCUGUUCGAGGAGAGUCCAUUCCCAUAAGGGUAUUCUUAGCUGGAUACGAUCUGGCGCCUACAAUGCGCGAUAUUAAUAAGAAGUUUAGCGUUAGAUAUUAUUUGAAUUUAGUUCUCAUGGAUGAAGAAGAUCGACGAUACUUCAAACAACAAGAGAUAACAUUGUGGAGGAAAGGUGAGAAAAGCAGAAAAUCGCAAACGGCCUCGCCACACAUGCCAUCACAUUUAGUGUCGGCAGAAACAGGAUUCCCGCAAGGUGCUGCUCAGAAUGGCCCUCCAUCAGUGCCGCCCGGUUCGGGACAACUGCCAACAAGUAACAUCACGAAUGUAGAGGACACCCCAGCACCAAUCGAAGGCAUGACACGAGAGGAAGGAGACGGCGAAGGCGAGAAGGAAGCUGGUCCAGAAAGUGAUUGAGUCUCCGGAUGUAGUCCAGUUCUUGGUGUCAGUAAUGACCCAGAUUAGCUGAAAACGUCAAAUACAUCUGAGAUAAAUGCAAGAAUUAGUUUAAAAAAUAUCUCCUUUAUUGCAUUGGGAGAUUUGUUUUUAGUAAGAAAAAUAGCGGGAGAUGCAUAAAAGGCCUGCUAGCAAAGUUGUAAAUAUUUUGGAUACAUUAUAUAUAAUUGAGAGCGAAUGAUUUAUAACUAGCAGAUUAUCGAUCAAAAUUAUAAUAUUUCCGAGGAAUAGGUAAAAAAAAGGGAAGAUUUUGCCAUACGGAGAAAGAUUAUUUCGAGAUUAUUUAACGAGCCAUGUGUUGCAAAUGAGUAUAUAUAAUAUGAACAAACAGUAUAAAUAUUCCUGAAUGGACGGCUUACUAAUCAAAUAUUAACCGACGGUACAUUUUGCAAAACAUCUGGGUGUUACAGUGUUCUAAAUGUUUUAUACAGACAAUUGCCCACUGACCCGCCCACUGUAUAAUUCUGAAAAAUCCGAAUUCUCUCUUUUUAUGGCAGCGUCAUAUUAAUACGAAGAGAGUUUAUAAAUACAAAAGUGGAUAUAUACUCACAAAGGCUGCCCCAUAUUAAUCCGUUCACCUAGUCUGCGAGUACUAUAAACGAAGACACGAGAAAGCUACUUACGUAUAUGAGAUGCAUGUUUUUAAAAAUAAUUUAUAUAUAAACACAUGAGACACCUUAAGCGAGAAAGAUCGCACUUAUUUUUAGAGCGCGUUUGUACAAAAAAAAAAAAAGAAAGAUUCUUGCACGAUACAAGCCAUAGAUUUUCUUCAGCUUUGAGUUUAGCGCUGUGCAUAAGAAGAAUUUCAUAAGAUAGAUUUUUAUAUGCAAAAGCGUGCGUUUGCGUAAUAUCAAUCUUCCAGACACAUAUUAUAAUACCUGCUCAAGUCGAUAUGCCUUUCUGGACACGAGAGUGGACUAUGAUAGAUUAAAUAAUGGGGUAGCCGCCUCGUGUAUUUAUAAAUAUAUACAUACUGCAGUAUAUGUGUGUGCAUAUAUACAUAUACGACUUCGCAUUCUGGCAAAUGACUGAUUGGAUUAUACGGUGUGUUUGGUAAAUUGUGAUAUAUGUCAGGAGAAUAUUUCGUGAAAAAAAAAUAAAAAUUAUAGAAUAAAUUUUUUUACUACGGUUUUUAAACAAAUUUUGAAUAUAAAAGUAAUGUGCACUUAUCGUUUAACAUGAAUCGUUUUUUCUAAAAAAGUGACAAUUUAAAAUAUAUAUUUUAUUUUUUUCACGAGAAGUUUCCUCGCUGGCUGUAUCACGAUUCUCUUGACACACUGUAUAUUUGUGUAUAUGCACACACAGGUACUUACAUAUUGUAAUAUCACCAACAGCCGUAAGCAGACAUUUUCUUUCAUCACUACAGUAUUGUGAAAUACUACAGUGAUAAAAGCAUUCCUGCUGCUGCAAAAGGCAAACCUAUCGUUUUGUACUGUUCUAUAUUAUGGAGGUUUGACUGUAAAAAAAACCUUAUGAGAAGAAAUGCAUAAUAUUAGAUGAUAUAUAUACAUGUAACUUACGCGCUCAAAAAGUAAUGUUUUGUUUCGUGUAAGUUUAGACUUUUCAUAAUUCACACACGUUUGUUAUUUGUUGAUUAUAGAGGAUGAAAACGACAGAGAUAGGUAAAUAAAAGGGGGGGAAAAAAAAAGAGAAAUAUGUACAUGUAAGCAAAAGGAGGGAAAAUCUAUUUGUGAAUUAUUUGACAUGUCAAAUAUUGUAUAUAUAUACAGAUAUAUACAUAUUAUCAUGCGGUAUGCAACUAGUUGUAUAUUUUAAUGCUCAUAUGAAUAUAUAUUGUAUACAGCGCAUAUGUGCAUAUAUGUAUAUUGGAAAAUGA